AGGGGCUUGGCGGGCCGCCUCGCUGUAUUUCAGUUGUUCCGUUGUCGCCUCCGUCCGUGCCGCUCCCGCUGGUGCUGCCAAGAUGUUCGAGGCGCGGCUGGUGCAGGGCUCGGUGCUCAAACGAGUGCUGGAGGCCCUCAAGGACCUCAUCACCGAGGCCUGCUGGGACCUGGGCUCGGGCGGCAUCAGCCUGCAGAGCAUGGACUCCUCGCACGUCUCGCUGGUGCAGCUCACGCUGCGAUCGGAGGGCUUCGACACCUACCGCUGCGACCGCAACAUCGCCAUGGGCGUCAACCUGUCCAGCAUGUCCAAGAUCCUGAAGUGUGCAGGGAACGAGGACAUCAUCACCCUGCGGGCCGAGGACAACGCCGACACCCUGGCCCUGGUGUUCGAGGCACCCAACCAGGAGAAGGUUUCUGAUUACGAGAUGAAGCUGAUGGACCUCGACGUGGAGCAGCUGGGAAUCCCAGAGCAGGAGUACAGCUGCGUGGUGAAGAUGCCCUCGGCGGAGUUCGCGCGCAUCUGCCGCGACCUGAGCCACAUCGGCGACGCCGUGGUCAUCUCGUGCGCCAAGGACGGCGUCAAGUUCUCCGCCAACGGCGAGCUGGGCAACGGCAACAUCAAACUGUCCCAGACCAGCAACGUGGACAAGGAGGAGGAGGCUGUCACCAUAGAGAUGAACGAGCCGGUGCAGCUGACCUUCGCCCUGAGGUACCUGAACUUCUUCACCAAAGCCACCCCGCUGUCCCCCACGGUGACGCUCAGCAUGUCUGCGGAUGUUCCUCUGGUUGUGGAGUACAAGAUCGCUGAUAUGGGACACCUCAAGUACUACCUGGCCCCCAAGAUCGAGGACCAGCAGGAUGGCUCUUAACUGGAGCAGGGCUGGGGACAUCUGCUCCUGCCUGGAGGAGCAACUCCAGAGCCAGGGAGCGCCCUGGGAGCACUGUAGCUGUGUCUUGUAGAUAUAUUUGUAAAUAUUUUUCAACACUCUGUUUUGCUAUCCUGGUGUCAUUGGAAAAAGGAAAGCUGAGUUUUUCUAGUCUGUUCCUGUACUCCUAACAAUCUCUUGGAUGCUGUUGAAGGUGAAAUUUUUUACUCCUUUCAGCUGCUGUCGGAGAAGAGGGGCAAUAUUUAAUGGGUCAAGAUGUAUCCUGGAGUUCCCCCUGUGGAGCUGUAGCUUAGGGUUGCUGUUUUGUUAUCCCACGAGUUUACGUGACCUUACUUCAUUUAUUUUUGAAGCCAAUACUCUGAUUGAAAUUUGGAAAACGGAAAUAAAAAAUAUAAUUUCC